CGCGAUGUGACAAUCGUGUGUGCGAACGCUCGGAAACACACAUACACAUACAGCAGGCAGGCUCCGCCACUCUUUUUUCCGGAGAUGUGCAGCAGGCAGGGCAGUGUGGCACGCUGCUGCUGCUGUUGGCCGUCGACGGCGCCGACGAUCGCGUGCUGCCCUCUCGGCGGCACCUGUAUAUACCUCCUGUCCCAAUCGCGCGCCGCCGCCGAGACCACCGGCUGAGGGCCGUUCUAACCUAACCUAACCUCGACCGGACGCUGUGUGUACAUACACACGCUUUUUUUUCCCUUCCUCGCGGGUGACAGAACGAGCCGCGUCCUUCGAGCCUCCGAUCGUCUCACCGGUGUGUGUGUGUGUGUGUGACUUAUGCCGGCGUACUCGUAACCGUCCGCCGCCUCUCCGCCGACGAUCGAUCGACACGCGUUAAGAGUCGCACGGGACCAACCUGUAUAGGUUAUGCUUGUAUAGGUUAUGCCGGCUCCGUUCGUUCCUGAUACGCGCGCACAGGCACACACGUAUACGCAGCGAAGAGGGUAGUAGGAUGGACGAGGCAGUCACGACGCCGCCUACAUUUAAACGGAGUUUCUUCGAGCGGAUCCACUGCGUGGAGUUCUCGCCGUACGAGUGGUCGCAGCACCUGAUCUGCAUCGCCCUCGCCAAGGAGAUCGUCGUCGCCACCGUCAGAUUUCAGGAUGAAGACGACGCCGUGGAGGACAUGGCGUACAGCCCCAUCAGAACGUUUCACCACGAUGCCAGGCCCCACGCGAUCGCCUGGAGCCCGGAGACCUCCCUGAGCAUCGUCCCCAAGAUCCUCACGUUCUGCGUCGCCGGGUCGGACUUCAAGAUAAGACUGUACAACAGCAAUCUGAACGACGUCAACGUGUACGAGAUUUUAGAGGGCCACAAAGACUAUACGAACGCGAUCUCGUACGAGCCGGAGGGCGAGCUACUGGCGUCGGUCUCCGACGAUCACACGUGCAAGUUGUGGGCGGUUAAGGAAAACCAAAAAUGCGUGUCCACGUUUUACUUGACGUCGCCUGGUACCAGCGUGUGCUGGCACAACGAAGAGUCCGGCAAGCUCCUGGUAGCAGAGAAGAACGGUUUGAUACGUAUGUACAACGUCAGAAGCCAACAGGCGAUCAUGUCCCUCGACUCCGGGGCCGUUCCCUUGACAGCAGUUGACUGGGGGCCCAAUCCCUUGAAAGUCGCGUCGAUGGCCGCCGGGGAAUUGCUGAUUUGGGACGUGUCCAGACCCAGUCGUCCUCUUGACGAGCGGACGCUUCACGUGGAAGGUGGCUUAACGGUGAAGGUCUCACAUGCGAACGAGAAUCUGGUGUCGAGUAUCGGUUGGCCGGAUAAUCUAUUGAAGGUUGUCAAUCUGAGGUCGAAAGUAGUGGUGUUGUGUGGGAAAGUAAAGCUAAUCGGCGGUAUGACGUGGCACUACAAAUUGCCCUACGUCUGUGCGGGAAGCGACAGAGAGCUGUGUUUCUGGAGAAUAAAUAUAAAUUAGGAUACACUGAACAAUUUUGUCCAUAAAGUAAGUCUUUAUCAUUCAUCAGUAAUGCAUUGAGAUAAAAAUCUGAUUCAGGACGGAAGUACAUUUCCCUUAUUACGGAUAUGCGGUAAAUUAGAUGUUCAAAUCUUGGAGAUAAAAUUUCACACUUGCAUAGAAAAAAAAAUGUAUUUUUAUAAUGCACUUUAUAAGGCUUACAUGAACGAUAUAUAGAAGUAAUUUAUGAUGCAUAGCUUAUCAUUUAUAAUGAUAUAAAAACUUUCAGAUUCUUUUAAACUUCCAUCUAUUUCUAAAUACAUUUAUAGCGAGACAUUU